UCAAUCACACACACACACACACACACACACACACACACACACUCACACGCUCACACACACCGCGGCCUAUCGGUCUGAAGCGCUGCUGCUGCUGUGUCUGCAGUUCUCAAACUUCGUUAAACUUCGACUCUAAGAGAUCACCUGUGGAACAUCUGCCCAGAAAUCAUGGGACAACUCGACCCAAUAAACCACUAGACCUCCGAUAUCCAAGUCAGUGAAGCUCUACAGCAAAACGUUAAAACACCAGAGAUUUGAAUUCACCUUCAAUGGGACGCAUAUCUAGAAAAGGGUGAACGCACACACACACACACCAAACUGUGCGCAAACUGUGUCAGCCCAGUGGGUUUACUGUAAACUUAUCCAGGUCACUGUGUGUGUGUGUGUGUGUGUGUGUGUGUGUGUGUGUGUGUGUGUGAAUGUUUUUGAUCAAAUGCAGAGAAUGAACAGAAAUCUCUCUCCUUUAAAAAUGGAUCAUCUGAGCCGAGGCGAUCGGUUCAAACCUCGAUCUGAUCACCACAGCGACUCGGAUGAAGGUGAUUACCAUCAGCCAGAGGAACCUGUGAUCCGUUAUCCCUUUCCCACUGGAAACCAUUUCAACCAAGAGUACGCAGACAGACUUCCAAUGAGACCAAGGGCUCCUCAGGGCGGGACAGUAGAACCCAGGAAUCUUCCACCACGACCUCCAAAAAGAACUCCAGGAAAUGCAGCGCCAGCUAUAAACAGAGACCUGAAACCUGGCAGACAGCCAAAGAUUACACCAGAAAGACGAUCACAGACAUUGGGCUCUGAAGAAACGACUUCAAAGCAUCCGCCAAGGCCAGUGAAGUCUCUCCCGAGGGACCCGGUUGGUAAGUUCAGCCCCCCAGCAGCGCUGCUCCAGCCAUACGACGAGCCUGGCCACUCCCCCCCACACAGAGCCCCGCCCACUGCACCUCAGCGGCUGCCACACAACAACACAGACACCUGUACAGAUCGAUCCAGUCCUGCAGGCAUUGAGAAUGUGAACAGCAGAUUUCUGGGUUUAAACACUGACCUGCCCCACAGACUCUCUCUGGAUCUGGAGUCACAUGACCUGGAGAGAAGCUUAGAACAAACAAAGAAUGCCAGAGAUUCAGGGCGACGGCAGCAUCACGAGUGGCCUCAGGCUAAAGGAGAUGCCAACCACGCCAGCUACACCGGGCACAGCAAACCAGUGGAGGCUCCUGAUAAGCAGGACUGGUAUGUUGGAGCUUUCAGUCGAGUAGAAGCAGAGCAUGCUCUUCACCUGGUGAACCAGGAAGGAGCUUAUCUAGUGCGCGACUGUUCCAGGAACACUACCAACGAGCCCUACGUCCUGGCCGUCUUCUACGAGAACAGAGUCUUCAACAUCCAGAUCAGAUUCUGCCAAGAAACCAGCAAAUACUCACUGGGAACCAGAGUCAAGACCAACGAUACGUUCGACUCGGUGGCAGAGAUCAUCAAAUUCCACUCUAUCUUCCCCAUCGUCCUCAUCGAUGGGCGUAACCCCUCCCCCACAACCCAACCCAAGAGACACUGCAUCCUCCUGUAUCCAAUCACAUCGCAGGACAUGAACCAGCUGCUGAGUUAAACCCAGACCAGCCCAAGUACCCGGACCUGGAUCAGCUGGAUUCACACGGACAGAAAACUCCCAGAAUCCACCAGAACUUCAGAGAACUUAUUUUAUUAAAGCAGAUCAGAACACAAGAACACGCCUGCUGUUAAACACAACACAAACAAUGUAUAAACAAGAAACAUCCCAUAAAAAAUAAAGGAUUUAACAUCUGAAUCAGAA